CGGAUUUGUUUAUAGGACUUUUGGGGACACGCCUUUUCCAUUCCUUGACUCGAGUCCGGUCGUUGCUCGCCAGGCCAGCAAGGCUAUCUCCCAUACUCUUUCUUGUAUAUUAUUGCUUGGUUUUGCACAUCCCCAGUCACCAUGAUCUUCUCAAGGCAAGCCCGCGGUGCAGCGGCAGCUGCUCUGCUGUUGACCCAAGCAGCGGCCCAAACAUACUCCUCGUGCAAUCCCACCCAAGGAACAUGCCCUGCUAAUACUGCCCUUGGCAUGACGAUCAACGUUGACUUCACACAAGGAGCCGUGAAUUCCUUCACUUCGUCUGGUGGUGACCCGACGUAUGGCUCAGACGGAGUCACCUUCACCGUCGCGAAAUCGGGGGAUGCACCCCAACUAGCCUCGGUCUUCUACAUCAUGUUCGGCCGUGUCGAGUUCUCCAUGAAAGCAGCGCCUGGUGCUGGCAUAGUCUCCUCAUUUGUGCUGCAAUCCGACGAUCUCGACGAGAUCGACCUGGAAUGGCUGGGCGCGGAUAACGAUGAGGUCCAGACGAACUAUUUCGGUAAAGGCAUAACGGGCUCGUACAACAGGGGCCAAUUUAACCCGGCCGCGAACAGCCAAGGGGAGUUCAUCACGUACAUCUUGGAGUGGACGAGUGAGCAGAUUGUGUGGACCGUGGGCGACACCGUAGUUCGAACACUGGCCUAUGGGGAUGCCGAAUCGGGUCAGUAUCCUCAAACACCCAUGCAAAUCAAGUUUGGUGCGUGGGCUGGUGGCGAUUCGAGCAAUGCACAAGGCACCAUCGAAUGGGCAAGGGGGCCGACGGACUACUCUCAGGGACCCUUCAGCAUGGUCAUGAGGAGCCUGUCUGUUACCGACUACAGCACGGGCAGUUCUUACAGCUACGGCGAUACUUCUGGUUCUUGGGAGUCAAUCGUAGCCGAAGGUGGAUCUGUGAAUGGUAACUCUGAUGGUGCGUCCACUGAGACUGUCACCGCUGUUGCCAGCGCUGGAACCGGUACGUCGCCUACCGUACCGGCCGGAGGUAUCGGUACGGGCACGGGCACGGCCAGUUCCGGCAAUUCAGAUUUGCCCGAUGGCUGGGUUAUGACGCCCGAAGGGAAGAUCGUGCCGUCCAGUUCGGCUGUUGUAAGCCCUCCUCACGCCAUCCUCCUCGCCGGUCCUCUCAUCUUCUCCAUUUUCGCCUACCUCUCAGGCAACUGGAGGCAUUGAGACGGUGACGAGAUAUGACGAUCGAGGAUCAUUGACCACGGUGACUGUCCCCGCGGGGAUCACCGCUCGGCCGAAGAGUUACGACUCACAGGGAUUUCUGGUCACCUCGACGUCUGCCGGCUCGACAUUGG